UUUUGGGCCUACUUGGGCAUCUCAUAAGUGCGGUGCGCCCCACAGAAUAGUGAGCUUUAAGACCCAAGCAAGAACGAAACGACGACUUGGUGGGGAUCGUCCAGCCGGUUCGGACGACCGGGUGAGGUCGGUUGGCAUUUGGCAGUUAAAAACCUCACUCUCCCUCCUUUGCGCUCUCUUUACAAACUAGUAAGCAAAGGGCUUUAAGCGAUCUCGCGGAAUCCUCUCUCUCUCUCUCCGAUACUACCAAAACAGGUUAGGGUUUUAAGAUUUUAACGUUGUACGUGAGAAUUAGGGCUUUCUCUUUUCUUUGUCCCUCUCGUCUUUCUCGUUCGUAUGCCUUUCCCGUCGAAGGAGAAAACCCAAAUUCAACGUCCGUGCGCAUCAUUUCUGUCAAUUUAGGCAGAAAUUCCAUUUCGUUGCCGAGAAAAGGUUUGACAAAGAUGGAUACAGAGGAAUGGAUGAGAGAGUGUAUUAAGAAACUCCAAUUUGAAGAUCAGGAGAAGUUAGAGCUGGCUUAUGGUGUCGAAAUUGAAGCAGAUGCCGUGUUUCUUGCUUGUCGCAUCAUCAUGCAAUACCCUGAUGUUUUUCAAUUUGAUAGUAGAGGAGUUGGUGACACCCAAAAGGAAAUUUUGCAAGUUAAGGUGGUUGAGCUUUUAGAGGAAGCUUGUGUAAAAAUGAGGGAUAAAUUUGAGUACUCUAGACAAGAAGAGGAUGAUCUCGAUGUGUUUGAGUACCUGUUGCGUCGAACACUUGUUGAGUUAAAUGAAAUCAAGAAAGAGAGAGAUCCAUCCACCCAAAAAUGGAGUGAUCGUGUGACAAAGGAACAUGAAGAAUUGAAGGGUACAUGGAACCAGUUGGAGAUGAAGUGGAUGCAGUUACAAACUUCGCGGCAGAGAUAUGACAUCAGAGCUCGAGAGGCACUUUUGUUGGAAAGGAUGCACGAAAGGUUGGUGUUCUGUAUAAAUGAGGCAAGAUUAAAGAAGGUGAACAAUUUCUCUGGGAUGUUGCAAUGGAUUGAUGACCAUGUGACUGAGCUUUUAUAUACAACUCGAAAAGAUUUUAGGCAUGAGCUAACCGUUAGCUCGCAUGUUAUUGCGAAGGCAGUGAGCCCCUUGAUUGAUGCUCCACCACCAUGGUUGCUUUCUGAACCACCACUGCUUCAGAACCUUGAACAAAGAAUUGCUAAGAGGGUAAUUGGACAGGAACACGUCCUACAUGCAGUUACUGCUGCUCUGUCAAGGCAGAGGCCUCAGCGACGCCCUAUUGGAUCCUUCCUCUUCAUGUGUGGCUCCGGUCAUGGGAGGACAGAAAUUGCCAAAGCUUUGGCAGAACUACUUUUUGGAAACAAAGACAUGAUAACAGAGUUCGAUCUGGCAAAACACACAGGUCCAAAUUCUCUCUCGCGCCUAAUUGGUGUUCUCUCAAGUCACAUGGAGCCAGGCAUGAAGGGGGAGCUCUCAGAGGCUGUUAAGAAGAGGCCUCUAGGUGUCAUUUUGUUUGACAAUGUUGACAAAGCUCAUGUGUCUAUUAUUGACAUUCUGGCUGAGAUUAUAGGUUCUGGUUAUCUAUUAGAUGGUCAGGGGAACACUGUUGACUUCACUAAAACAUUGGUAAUCAUGACAACAAAUGUUGGAUGUGAUAAAUUCUGGCCAUGGCAUUGCAAAUGUGCCGACGAAGUUCAAAAGUUCCCUGUCAAAGAAGGGUUAUAUGAAGAUGCAUGGGAAACAAAACACAAUUACUGUUAUUAUUCUCUUCUGAGGGAGACAAAACAGCAUUUCAGACCUCAAUUGCUUGAAAAUGUGGAUGAUGUGAUUGCAUUUAGGUCUCUGUCCUUUCAGCAGUUGAAGGCUGUUGCUAGGCUCCAGCUAAGGGACAUUGCCAGCUGCAUGACACAGAAGGGCCUCAUCAUAUACCCAUCUGAAGCUGCAUUAGAUAUUAUCGUGCAGAGGUCAACUUGGCUUGGAGAUAGAAUUAAUGGUGGGGAGAAAAUAAGGAUGUGGCUUGAAGAGAACUUGGUCCCUGUGCUGUUCGAGAAGCUUGCAAAGAACGGGAUAAAUGAUUUUUCUAUUAUAUAUAUUGAAGCCUCAGCGGAGACAAACCAAUUGUCUUUCAGUUGGGCAAAUUGCAGACAUUCACUUGAAGAACAAGAUGUUAAUCAAUUAGCAUCUUUGAGGGAAUUGAGAUUGGUGUACCGUAAAGAGAAAGAACGGGCAAAGAACGUCUACAUUCUAAGAAAAAUUCACAACAAAUUAAUCACUAGUGCUAAUGCUGAAUUGGGUCAUUCUAUUGCUGUUGUUCAAGAGCUGAUUAAUACAAUUCAGGAUCUAGUUACAAUUCCCAGUGGUAUCAAGUCCUUCCUCGACAAUCCUAAAAUGGUGGCAAUGGCUGCCUUGAACGAGGAUGAGCUUAGGCAGAACAAGAGGGCUAAAAAGUGAAAUGAGGGUUGAGUUGCUAAGAGAUUUGCCGGCGAGGCGAAUUACAGAACUUUUGAUCUGAGUAAGCUAAUCAUAUGAAGAAGCCCCAAACUAUGAUGUUUGAAGCUUAUUGGAAUGCCAUUAGCUAACUUGCCUUUUUGGGUAUGGCAUUGACUGUUACAAUGUCAACAUGAGUCUUCGCUGCAUCCCAUUCCUCAAAGGGACUUAGCAAAGACAGGAUGAGCUGAGAGGAUUCUUGAGCUUUUACUUCGCCAAGCUGACUGAAGUCCCAAUUAGAUGUAAAUUGUCAUAGGCAUCAUACUAACCAAACAAAAAGUUUUUUUUUUUCUCCAACUGUUACAGCAAAGGAUUUACUGGAAUUUCUUAACUUUGUUUUAUGAGAACAUAGGUUUUAGUCACGUUGUAAAAGUCUCAGCAGAAUUCAUUUCAGGCGACGAUCGAAUGCAUGUGUAUAGACAGCUCCUAAGCACUUUUGUUCCA